AUGUUUGAAUUGAUUCAUGAAUCUAUUUGGAUUGCCAGUCAUUUGACAUUCACUAAACACUUUUCGCUUAAUGGAAAUAUUGGUGAUAUUGUGGCUAAAGAUGAUGCUCAAAUGUCAACGGCUCAUUUACUAGGAAUGUUAUCAGGAGUAGGAUUAAUCACCAUCUCACAUUCACCUGCUUUCUUAUUCGGUGUAUUUGCAGUGUUAUCACCUAUCAAUAUCUGGUCCACCAUCAAGACGAUCGAUGCUGCCAAAUUCGAAGUUUUGAAUCAAGCCAAAUUGACCUUACUUUGUCGAGAAUUCAUUGAAACAGGCCAAGUACUGGAUUAUGAUCAAUUACGACCAAAGGAAAUUGGUUUUGGUGAAUGGAUCAAGCCUGGAAAAGGGAAUAAUAUCAAAGUACAUAUCAAGAUGGGUCCUAGUGCUGAAGAAGCCUAUAAUUCAGUCAAUGAAAUUCAAGUGACAGAUGUGAUGAAAAGCGUCCUACAUGCGAUCAAAUUCCACGAUCAAUUAGCUGCCAACCAUGUGACAAAGGACGACCAUUGGGAUACUUAUUUGACCACAUUGGAUGAAACCUUGGAUUGGACAAAGAAUCAUUUUCAACCUUUCUUAGACUCUUUGGACAAACACGAUUGGAAACGUGAAAAUGUUUACUGGAAUGAUACUGGUAUGCGUUUGACUUGGGAUGGUCGAGUUCAAGAGCAAACUCCUUCUUCAUAAACAAUUACAGCAAUCCAUCAAGUAUUACUUUUUUUUUUUUUUUACAUGUCCCUCUUUACUCUCUCCCUUCUCUCUUUAUUUAUUUAUUUUUAUCUGAUCAAUAAUGCCUCCAUCUCCAGAAAAUUACUACUUUUUUCCUUUUUGUAUUAUAGACUUUUUGUAGAACAUCUGUAUUCUUAUUUGAAUCCCCCCAACUUCACAAACACUCUUGCAUGCGCAUAUAUACAAUUCAUAUUGAUAAUAAAACAACUACACUUUAUUUUUUCUUUAUUGAUCAUCAAAUAAUAAGACAACGACAACUAUAAUAUACUGCACUAAAUAUAUAUAUAUAUAAA